AUGACGACGCUAUCAGCUGACCAAUGCUGUGUCACGCACACGUUUCACAACACGAGCCCGCCAUCUUUCAACGUCAGCACCACCGGAAGUGACGCGUCCAACAUGGCGGCGAGCGUGUUGAUCAGCGAUGAGCUCUGGAGCAAGCUGGACAUUUUCCUCAACUGUUUCCUCGUCCACGUCCUCAGCGCGCUGGGUAUUGUGGGUAACGUCAUGAACAUCCUUGUCCUGACCCGCUACGGGCAGAAGCAGACGACCAACCUCAUCCUGACGUCACUGUCGGUGACGGAUCUCGUCUGCUCCGUCCUGCAACCGUUCAGACGGCUCCAGUGUCUCGUGGCUCAGUUCGACCUCGGUCUCUCCGUGACGUACCGAACUUUCUCGACGAUUUAUCUAUACACUUUCGUCGACAUCUGCGUGGCCUUGAGUAUCUGUCACGUGGCCGCCAUCGCCAUUGAACGCUUUACAGCCGUGUUCUUCCCGCUGCACGUAAAUCGUAUAUUUACAAUCCCCCGCGUGAGAUGGGUGAUUGUGUUCAUCUACCUUUACACCAUCGCUCUCCUGGCGCCUAUGUUCUCACGGUUAAGUUACCAGUGGUUUUUCGACGAGAAAUUCAACGUAUGGGUAAGCAGACUUACAUUAAGCAAAUUCUACUCGCAAAACUACGACACCAUCAACUUUUAUUCCAAUUUCAUCGUGAAUAAUCUAUUCUCGUCGGUGUCGUUGUUCAUGAUAUUGAUUUGUUCGCUGGCCAUUACGGUAAAACUCACGACAGGAGAGUCGAAGAGAUUAACCAAAUCUUCAACCACGGCGUCAAAGAAGAUCAAAGAAGCGAAAGUAGCGAAAAUGUUGCUGACGGUGUGUUUGACCACCGUGGUGACGUACCUGCCGUCCGCCGUCAUCUACAUGUGCCUGCUGUACGCCAACAUCACCAUCUUGUCGUCGGGGAACCUCUACUCCCUCCUUCAGAGCGUCAUCUGCGUACUGUUUCAGUUCAACGCCGCCGUCAACUUUCUCAUCUACGUCACCAUGAGCUCGAAGUUUGCCGCAGGCUACAGAAGAUUAAUUAGCAGGAAGAAGUUGUAA